AUGGGCAAAACUAAUAAGCUAUUUGUUGAUGUUGACAUGGCUUUAGCACGAACCGAACUUCUCAACACGUUCGACGUCUAUCUACGAAACGAUUUCAGUAAACUGAAUCUCACGAAUAACACGACUUCCAAUGAUCCAAACAAAUCAGAUUCUGGUCUUUUUCAAAAGAUCGAAGAGUCAGUUAAACAAUUGCGAAAUGCAGAAGUACAUCUAACCGGUGCUACUGUUAACGAUGGCGUUCCCGAUAAUUUAUGUACUUCAACCGAACAACUGAUGAUGGACAUUCAGACACUGCAUGUACAAAACUAUGUUCUCGAUGAAACUCCAUCGGAAAAAACUCGGCUAGUAUUUUGCGUAUUGCCCAAACAGGAAAAAAUAUAUAAACAAGCUUACACACGGAAUAAACUUCAGACAGAAGACGAACAAACAGAACUUCAACCAAUUCAGAAAGAAAAUGACAAACCAAACUUUGGCGAUGCAAUUUGGUGACUCUAUGUGCGAACUCAAUGCCUACCCGAAGGAUACGCUCGUGUUCUCUUCGAGAUCUUUGUACCACCAAAUAAAUCGUGUGCUGCUCAUGCAUACAUUGGAAAUAUUUCGUUUCAUCAUGAAGAAGGAGUCUUGUUCAGUAUAGGUACUAUUUUUGUCGUCGAUAUAGUCGAAGAUCCACAGAAAUCAUUAGGAGAAGAGAAAAAUUAUUAUACUCUUCAUGUCACUACUAGUGAUAUCGAUAAAAUGCGUGCGAAAAUAUAG